GGACCCGUCUGCUCCCAGAAGCUGCCCGAGAUCAACGACAAGAUGCCCAAGGGCAGGGCGGAGUAUCUCAAGAGGCUGCUGCCCUACCUCAAGAACCAAAGCGAGGACUGCCUGUACCUCAACAUUUAUGCGCCGGUCCAAGCCGGCGCGAGGGACGGCGGGGGCAGAAGGUACCCCGUGAUUGUGUUCGUGCACGGGGAGAGCUACGAGUGGAGCAGCGGAAAUCCUUACGACGGCAGCGUCCUGGCGAGCUACGGUGGCGUCGUCGUUGUCACCAUCAACUAUAGACUCGGCAUCCUAGGCUUUCUAAACGCCAACACCGACUCGCACUUACGCUCGCCGGCGAAUUACGGCCUGAUGGACCAAAUCGCGGCGUUACACUGGGUGCAGGAGAACAUCGCUUAUUUCGGGGGCGAUCCCAAAAACGUCACGCUCGUGGGACACGGCACCGGAGCUGCCUGCGUGAACUUCCUGAUGACCAGCCACGCGGUGCCCGAUGGUCUGCUGUUCCAUCGAGGCGUCCUGAUGUCAGGCAGCGCACUUUCACCCUGGGCGUUAGUGAGAGGCGCCGCCAAUUACGCCAUGCAGGUCGCCAAACACCUAAAUUGUUCGUCGGCGACGGGUGAUCCUCAGAACCUGCUGAGAUGCCUGAGAGACGUGUCCUUGAGCGAACUAGUGUCGGUGCCUGUUAAGGGACUGGAGUUCGCGCCGGCUUUCGGCCCCAGCAUAGACGGCGUCGUAAUCGAUCCCGGUGAUCCCGAGGAUCAGGACUACACCCUGCAGGUCGACACGAUCAAUACGCUCAACAAUAUCCUUCUGAGGAAGGACGUCGUGGCGAAAUUGUCGAGAUACGACCUAAUGGUGGGGGUUGUUCGCUCGGAAGCGUAUUUUUCCUUAACUGCCGACGACGCUCAAUACGGGAUCGAGGCCGAUAGAAGGACGAGGAUCCUGCGCGAAUUCGUGCGAAACACGUACACGUAUCAUCAGCCGGAGAUCCUGGCGACCAUCAUAAACGAGUACACGGACUGGGAGCGACCUGUCCAGCAUCCUGUUAAUAUUAGAGACGAGACCCUCGAGGCCCUGGGGGACGCGAAUAUCGUUGCCCCAGCGACGAGAACCGCGGAUCUUCACAGCCAAUCCCAUAGGAAUUCCUAUCUAUAUGUCUUCGACUACCAAACGAAAUUUGGAGACUAUCCUCAGAGGCCGGGAUGUAUUCACGGAGAGGAGCUGCCAUAUUUUUUCGGGGCGCCCCUGGUAGGUGGCUUGUCCCACUGGCCGAAGAACUAUACCAGAUCCGAGAUAGCACUCUCCGAGAGCAUGAUACUUUAUCUGACAAACUUCGCACGCACCGGGAAUCCUAACGAGGGUACUCCCGAUCCUGGACCCCUCGGCUCCAGACCGGAAAGGACCAAGGUCAAGAAUAUCGAUUGGAUCGCCUACGAGGCCGUCCACAAGAAAUAUCUUAGCAUAGAACUCAACAAGUCGAAGUUGAAGAAUCACUACAGGGCGCAUCGCCUCUCUUUUUGGCUAAACCUAGUGCCCGACCUUCAUAAACCCGGCUCAGACGACGUUCCUAGAUCGCAUCAUCUGCUCGAUGCCGAACAGGUGCCACCCAGAUUCAUCCAGAGACUGCCAACAACCGCGAGAACGACCACCUUGGAGGUAACUUCCAUAGAAAAAUCCUCGUCCAACGCGUCGACGGCCACGCCCAGCGACAUAGCUUUCGAGGACACCACGGCGCAACCCGAGGACGGUUUCGCGGCUUAUUCCACCGCCCUGAGCGUGACAAUCGCGAUCGGUUGCAGCCUGCUGAUCCUGAACGUGCUCAUCUUCGCCGGGGUGUAUUAUCAGCGGGACAAGAGCAACCAUCAGCAUCAGGGCUGCUCGAAGAAGCGCCAAGAAAACGGCCAGAUGCCCAACAACAUCUGCGGCGAGCUGGAGACCAAGACUGCCGAACGCCAUCACAUCCAGCACAUACCGCCGCCGGAGUUCGCAGACCUCCAAAACAAUACUUGUCACGUGCCUAUGCCGCCCCCGCCGCCCAAGAACACGAAGCCCGGCAAACCCGGCCAGAAUCUCAUCAUCAGUCCCAAUCAACUUCAGCAGGAGAGCCUGGCCAUGAGCGGCACCGGGACCCUGAAAAAGGGACACAAUCAUCCCCAGGUUAUGGAGGAGCUGAGGGUCUGACUCUAGGAGACGGCGCGGCCGAUGAAUUAAUAUUGGCCGCGAGGUAGAUUAGAAUCCAGAAAUCGCCGAUCGUCAAAAACUCGCUACUUCAAGAUAAACUUCUCGUUAUCAAUCUGACAAUGAACGUCAGCAGGACCCUAAAGAUGGGACACGAGCGUAUUUUUUUUCCGAUGACGAUGAGCCGAGAAUUGGAUACCGAAACUUUUAGAUUUUAGGCUUCUGAAACCGUCGAGGAUUGGAAAAUCAAUCUUCGAAGUUACUCGUCAUCGAUCUAACUGCGAAUAGAAUCCUCGAAAAUAUGACGAGGAGAUUAAGAUCCCAAAACAAGAUCUGAAGUGAAAAUGAGAGAUCGCUCGGAUAAUAGUGUUCUCCUGUGGCACUCGACGGCGAACGGGACGACUCUUUAAGGUUUUUCUCGAGGCGAUCGUGACUUGGUCGAUAGAUAGGAAGUGAUAAAGGGAAGAGAGAGUGAGUGAAGAAUGAUCCUUCGUUGUUAUGCGAGAAGUACGUGUUAGUGUGCGGCGGCGUAGCUGAAAUUUUGUGCCCGGAAGUCAAAUCCGCGCUAUAGGCUUUUGUAUAGAGCCA